CCAAACGAGGCCCCCAAUUCACUUUCUCCCAUUGGUGAUGAGCUACAUUCUUCCACUGCCAUGGCGCCGAGCCAUCCUCUCUUCCAUUAUAUCCAUCAGGCUGUCGCUGAUCGUCAACAUCUGCUUCUUACCGCACUGCGUCUUUUUGCGCCUAUUAACUGUCCCUUUCAUCCACUCGCCAUUAAGUCUGCCUUCCACACGAGGUUUUCGGCGCCAAAAUCAUUAAAUUUUGAUGAUCGGACCAUGAAAUCAGAUGGCGGAGUGUCAAGGUCGCUAGAAUACGAUAUUUUAUCUAACACUGAGGCUCAUUCUGCCUACCCAUCGAGUUUCCUGAAGCCAGACAAAAGCUUGAACGCCUCAGAAAAUAUAAUGGCGGCUUUGCAGGAGUGUUCUGGAGGUCAGGCAAUGAACCCUCAUCGAGAGUUAUUGAGCAAGAAUUUAGAGAGCACUCAACCCAAUUGGGAAGUAGUUGCGCGAGACGGUGAAAUGACAUUGUACAAACGCGAAAUUGAGAGUGCAGAUGGAACCGUUCUUGACCCCUUGCAGGUUUGUGGUCUUAACAAUUCCCUUUGA